UUUCAUUCCCGUUGAGGAACGUAUUGCACAGUACUAUAUUGUAUUGUGCCGUCAUUGCAAUACCCCAUGAGCCUCAUCGCUUGUUAAUCGUGCGGCCAUGUGCCCUUCGCUUUCGACCAUCCCACUCCACUCUGCGUUUCGUGCGUCCUCUCCGCUCUAUCGUCUUCGAACGCCUCCGUUGUGUCGCCAACUCCAUGUGACCGAAUCCCUGCAAGCCAGAGGCAAAGGCCCUACCAUAUACAAAAACAGUCUCGAGAAGACCCUCGAAGCGCACCGAUCGUCCAACCGAGCAAGCGUCAUCCGCAAGGUUGUCUCGCGGGAUGAUGUCGACCCAGAACCCCGGGCAGUACCACCCUCGAAGGUGAAAUUUGCACCAAAAAUCGACUCUUCCGCACAAUCCGCUCCUUCUACACCCUCUUUCCGACCCGUGCGAAAAGACAAAGCGCUUCCUGCCCGGUUUGCGCCCCGCCCGCAAGUACAAUGGAGGGCGGAUGAGGAGAAUGGCCGGCCGGCACAGACUCCGUGGCUGGACUAUAUGGAAGCUGGGCGCAAAUGGUCGAAUGGCACGGCGCGACUGCAUGCUGAGAUCCGUGCGCUCGAGAGCUACUUGACGCCCACCCCGCUGGAACAGGAGACGGUGAAUCGAAUCGCGAAAGACGUGACCAGCCUUCUGCGGGAGACUGUACCGCAACCCCCCGAGGUCGUCGGAUCGCGACGGACGGGACUCGCUAUGACUCACUCCGGGCUGGACUUUAUCAUCCCGGUCCCGGAUCCCGCGCGCUCGAUCGACAGCAUCCGGAAGCCGAGUGCGACCCGGCCGCAAGUGCUGGAUGCAUAUACGGAUAUCCUGCGUACGGUGCAGGGCACCCUGCGGGGCAGCCCGUGGUUCGAUGACCAUGUGUAUCUGGGCGACAAGCACAGAUCUAUCGUCACAGGUGUGCAUGUCCCCACGGGCAUCCCGGUUCGGUUUUCCUGUGGGGAGGGCCUGCCGUCGUCCAUCGAGUACAUCCAGGACUACCUAGCCGAAUACCCAUCGGCCCGUCCACUGUAUAUGGCGGUUCGCCUGAUUUUAGAGACCCGUGGUCUGUUCGGGAGCUACGAAUCGUCCCUGCAGUCAGACUGCCUGCUGAUGCUUCUGGUGGCGUCGCUCAAAAUGAGCCACGGGCGAUUCCACGAGCGUGACAGUCUCGGAGAGCAACUCCUCACCACUCUCAAGCUAUACGGCAGGGAUGUCGAUCUGACAACCACCGGGGUCUCGCUUGACCCGCCAUCUUUCUUCAGCGCAGAGAGCGUCAAGCAAUCCAUCCAGGCGGCUGGCUCGGACGAUCUACCGGCCUACCUCCGCGGCCAGCGCGCCCUGAUCAACAAGAAGAAACGGGCCGCCGCACGCCACAACCAGCCGGCGGCUGCUCGCCUGUGUCUCCAAGACCCCACCAACUACAUGAACGACCUGGGUCGUCAAUUCCACCGGCCUCGUCAGAUGCAACAGACGUUCGCACGGGCGGAGAACGACCUCCGCGUGUCCCUGCGUGCCUGGGAGGACGGCGAUCGUGGUCCAGACAGCAGCAUCCUCGCCGGGACGCUGCGGGCGAACUUCGACGAUUUUGAGGACUUGCGUGGCAAGUUGACUUCCUUAUGA